AUGGGCAAGCUCCGCUACAACGUGGCCACCUCCCUCGACGGCUUCAUCGCCCGCCCGGACGGCUCCUACGACUGGAUCCCGGUCGACAACUCGAUCGACUUUGCCGCGCUCUACGCCCAGUUCGACGCCUUCAUCAUGGGCCGCAAGACGUACGAGACAAUGCUCGCGCAGGGCGACCAGAACCCGCUCAAGGGCCGGCCUCGGGACCGGCUGGCCGUCGUCACGAGCGCCGGGCUGGCCGGCGGCCCCGCCCGGGGCGUCACGGUGCUCGCGGGGGCGGCCGAGGCGGCGGCGUGGGUCGCCGAGGCCAAGCGGCGGCUCGAGCGCGACGUCUGGCUGUUCGGCGGCGGCGUGCUGGCGGCGAGCCUCCUGGACGAGGGCGUCGUGGACACGAUCGAGGUGGCCGUGGUCCCCGUGGUUCUGGGGCGGGGCAUCAGGAUGAUCGGCGGGGAGCUGGGGUCGAGUCGGCGGCUUCGGCUGACGGGCAGCGAGAUGUUCGCAAGCAGAAUUGCAAUGUGCAGGUACGAGGUGAUCUACGAGUCAAGUGGCGGUGACUGUCAAACCGCCCUGGUGGAAUGA